CAACCGUCUGUCAAGCGCCGUGUUUCAGAAAAAAAGAAUCGGAAAAGUCGGAAAAAGGAGUCUUUACGUUAAAAAUUCUAUCGUCAUCCUUUCCGGAAACUGUGUGUGUGUGUGUAUGUGAGUGUGGGGCGUGAAGUUGAGUAAUGUGGUAGAAAGUGUUUCCUUUUCGGAAAAAGUACCGCGUGGGGCAAUCCGCACCACUUUUCCGUCUUUCUAAUAAGCGUGGAAACGCACGAGGAAAAUUCUGCUCUGCGACAACGGUGCAUAGGAGAAGGAAAAACGCUUCCAUAUAAAGGAUCAAAGGAACCCCGUUCGAUUUGGGUGGCGUCUGGACUGGUUUCGCGCUCGCUCGCCGUAAUCGAUCGCGUUGGGUCCGUGAUAUUACGGUGCAAAUAUCAUCCAGGACGGCGACAAAGAGAAGAGAGCCACAUUCACUGUCUCGGACCCCCCGCCAGGAACGGUCGGGAAGUCUGGUUGCGUAGGUGCGUACCCGUGUGCGACGAGGUGAGAAAAUCGACCCGACGUUCCGUUCUUCUCGGACAGAUGCGCACGGACAGUUGCCCGGCCGGCGAACCUGCUGCAGCGUAGAAAAGUGGUGUGUGUGUGUGCGCUGAUGAUUGUUCAUUCAUUUGGCCCGCGUAGCACAAAAACCAUCGUCCGUCUGGUGCAUCACGCGGUUCAGUAGUUUUUCCCCUUCCCAGACAUCGGGAAGGUUUAUUUUAAUUCAUUGCCCGUGAGUUUGCAACAUUGCGUGUCUACGGCGCCGAAAGGUAUAAUUUGCCGAAGGAAAGAAGAAGCAGCGAAAAAGAAACACAUCUCACGCAAAUAGUUGAUACUAGUUGCGAAAGGAACUGCUGCCACACAUUAGCAAGGGUAAAAGUGUUGUGCAUGUGAGAACUCAACUCAACGAACCGAACGAGCAAAGCCCACUAGACCAGGGAAAAUAAUAAGCUACACCUUCAUCAGGAAUUGGAAACUGCAGAAAAGAUCCAGUAUAUCCCGAGCCCACAAACAGUAGUUUCCGCCACGUUGGCCAUACAAUGCCGCUGAAGCAACGAAACGCAGUGUUGGAGCUGCAUUCUCCGACCGAGGACCAGCUAGUGUCACCGAGCGUUGGCUCGGUCGCAACAGAUUUCGGUUCCAUCACGGACGAUGGUCACAGCACAAUGGCGUCGACCGAGAAGGCAGAAUCGUCCGCCCCGGCGGACCCGGACAAGGUGAAGAUGAAGAAAUCGCUUGGGCUGCUGGAGGGUGUUGCCAUCAUUUUAGGCAUCAUCCUUGGCUCGGGUAUCUUCAUCUCGCCGAAGGGUGUCCUGCAGGAGGUGGGCUCGGUCGGUACGUCACUCGUGAUCUGGGUGUUGUGCGGCGUGCUGUCGAUGAUUGGCGCCCUCUGCUAUGCCGAGCUGGGCACGGCUAUUCCCAAAUCGGGCGGUGACUACGCUUACAUCUACGAAGCUUACGGGCCGCUGCCAGCCUUUCUUUACCUUUGGGAUGCGACUGUGAUAUUUGUCCCGAGCACGAAUGCGAUCAUGGGAUUAACGUUUGCGAGCUACGUGUUUCAGCCACUGUUCGCAGCUGGUUGCUCCGUCCCGACGAUAGGUUUGCAGUUGUUCGCUGCCGUUACGAUCUGCGCCCUCACCUACAUCAACGCCUACGACGUGCGGGUGACGACCAAGAUGCAAAACGUGUUCAUGUUCACCAAGAUCGGUGCACUGGUGCUGGUGAUAGUGGUUGGCGUCGUCUGGAUGGCGAUGGCCGAAGGUGGCAUGGACAAUUUCGAGAACGCGUUCGACGGCACGGAAACCGACCCGGGCAAAAUCUCAGUUGCCUUCUAUUCGGGCAUCUUCUCCUACGCUGGCUGGAACUAUCUCAACUUCAUGACCGAGGAGUUGCGCGACCCGUACAAGAAUCUGCCCCGGGCGAUUUAUAUUUCCCUGCCCCUGGUGACGGCCAUCUAUGUGCUGGCAAACAUGGCGUACGUGGCCGUCCUGACACCGCAAGCCAUUUUGGCCUCCGACGCCAUUGCCGUGACGUUCGCCCAGCGAGCCAUGAGCUAUGGGGCGUUUGUGAUGCCCAUUCUGGUGGCAAUAGCCGCGUUCGGUGGGCUCUCCGUGCACAUUAUGACAUCUUCCCGCAUGUGCUUCGUCGGUGCGCGCAAUGGUCACAUGCCCGAAAUUCUGUCCCAUAUCAAUGUCAACCGCUUCACGCCGAUGCCAUCGCUCGUGUUUCUGUGCGCACUGUCGCUGCUGUAUCUGUUUAUUAGCGACGUGUACGUCCUUAUCACCUACAGCAGUAUAGUCGAGUCGUUCUUCAUCAUGCUGUCGGUCAGUGCGGUGCUGUACUUCCGUUACACCCGGCCCGACAUCCAUCGUCCGAUCCGGGUGCCCCUCUGGGUGCCGACGGUGUUCGUCAUCAUCUGCGCGUUUCUGCUGAUCGUGCCCUGCUACGUGGCCCCUUACGAGGUGGGCAUGGGCGUCGCGUUAACACUGGCCGGCAUUCCGGUGUACUACGUCGGAGUGGCUUGGAAGAAUAAGCCGAAAGCGUUCACGGAUGCGCUCGCACGGGUAACGCAAUUUUGUCAGAAAAUGUUCAUGACGGCCAAGGAGGAGGUCGAUGCGGACGAGUGAGUUAAUUCGGGAGAUUCCGCUACUGCUGACAAUACUACUGGCCAGAUAUCGGUUCAUCGGCAACAAUCAGGCGCAAUCAGACACUUUUUGAUUUGCAUCGUGUUAUCUACGUUUGGGGUUUUACAUAGGAUAUGUUACUGUAUAGUAGAAGCAGAUGGUGGUCAUGGUGAGAGAAAAGACAUCUAUUACAAUGUGUUCUUAGCGUGUAAGGGAUUGGCAACAUUGUAGCAGCAGCAGCAGUUGGGCGGAAUGCUUAUUAUAGUUUAACACUUAGAAUUUAUCAUGCUGGCAUUUAUUAUCGACAUUUUAAAGACCCAAUUUUUAUUCAAUAGCAAGACACAAUCACUGACUAUAGCAUUUAAAAGCAUUUUGACAAUUGUUGAAUGUAUCAUCCAUUAAUCUCAGAAAAGGAAUCUUGCUACAUCUCAGAGGGAAAAACUGUGACUACAGCUUAAAGAUAGAACCUUAGAAUCUCAUCCAUGACCGUUUUGCAACUGUGUCUCUUUUACGUUGUUUUAAUCUGAACUAUUUUCCAGCCAUCAACCCUUGCCGUACAACCACAUAGUAUUGAACAUAGCUACUUUACGUCCGUCUUUUUAUCCGCUUAAUCCGCACGAUUUUAAUUUACCAAUUUCGUACAAACUUUUUUACAACGCUUGUAGCAUCUAUCAUUUUAAAUCAAAAUACAAAAUGUGCAAAAUUAAGAUCUGAAAAUGGGUUUCAAAGAGAUGCACUGCUAGGGCUACGUGUGGCAGGGACUUGCAUUGACAGAAUCAGCAGAAACAGAUGCAUACUUUAUUCAACGGCAGUUUGCUCAUAUCUUGAUUGUGUUACUACGUAAAAUUAUCAUAUUCAUUAGAUUCAUUCGCGUGUUGCUGAAAUUGCGGAAAACAUAAUUCUCAACUCUUUGACGAGUGUGUUUGGCCAUACGUGUACACAGCACGACAACUGACGGGAGAAGUUGUUGGUAACGUGAAAGAUACGUAAGAGAUUAUAAUUGGCAGCAAUAAUGUAUGAAGGUUUUCUGUUUAUCUUAAGCUUUUAAACUCUGCUAGAUAUCGCAAUACCAAGACUCUCAUGUGUACUCAAACGUUUGUUCCGAAAAGAAAAGUUAACAGCUCAUGUGUAGGAAGACUAAUGGCUAAGGUGAAUGCAAUCGAGAAACGAGCAAUUUUUCCCCCAGAAUCUGGGUAGUAACGCUAAGACAUUUGAAGGGAACCACUGAGACUCAAUAUAAGCGCCAAAAGAUUGACCGCGACGUAGCACGUGUAGGGGAACGGGAAAGAAGAUUAAACCUUCGAUCACACUCACCCUCUCCCGCUGUCUCACACACUUGUAUCUGUCUUCCGCAGCGGAGAUGUCUCUGUAUUUGUCCACAAAUGAUAUGCUGCACAUGGUGCAAAGGAAAUAAAUUACUGUUAAGGAA